GUGUCCAAAUGCGAAGAUGUGACUGACUCGGGUACCAAACCGAUGCCCACACACUUUACCCCGCUCGUCCUGUGUCGGCUUUGCAUCUAUUUUCGUGCUGCAAAGAACCCUCCUUCUAGGUUCAAAAUUCCCAGACUGUCUUAUUGAUAGUAACGCCGGGGGGCAGCCGCUUCACAAACCAUCUGACUGGUCCACAAACGGCGACGUCUAUCUCAAGAAAAGCAGAGUGCUAUAGUGACGCCUGUAUCACGCCAUGAAACGUGCGGCAAGCUCAUCAAGCCGCGGUGCUCGCUCGAAGUUCCGUGGACAGGGUGUUUCGCAUUCUGGGUCUGGAGACUUCACUGUCGGCAGGGAUUUAAUCAUCGGAGGGAACAGCCAUUACAGCCAGGAUGACCGAGUUCUCGCGGAACUGAGGUCGACCGACCCAAGUGUCGACAAAGAUCGCAUUGAACGGACGAAAGGCGACUUACGGUCCGAGUCAUACGGCUGGAUUUUCCAUAACGCGGAAUUCCAGCAGUGGCGUGAUGAUGAUCAGAACCGACUACUUUGGAUCAGAGGCGAUCCCGGGAAGGGAAAGACGAUGCUGCUCUGCGGUGUUAUCAACGAGCUCGAGAAACAGGUCACAGACUCCGCUCUGCUAUCCUAUUUCUUCUGCCAAGCGACCGAUAUACGAUUGAACAACGCAACGGCUGUCGUCAAGGGCCUUAUUUACCUCCUUCUCUAUCAGAAGCGUUCACUCAUCGCGAAUGUACGGAAGAAGUUCGACCACGUAGGUGGACAGUUGUUUGAGGGCACCAACAGCUGGGAUGAACUUUCCAGGAUAUUAAUUGCCAUCUUGGAAGAUGAAAGCUUGCAGACUACGUUCCUCAUUAUCGAUGCUCUUGAUGAAUGCGAUACGAACCUCGACCAACUCCUCUACCUAAUUGAAAAAGUCUCCUCAUUACCCAGAGCGAAGAUCAUCGUAUCUAGUCGCAACUGGCCGAAAAUCAACAACGGGCUAGGUUCAACCAUACACAAGGUUCAACUCAGCCUUGAAUUGAACCAAGAAAAAGUCUCAGCUGCCGUCAACGAAUGGAUUCGGUAUAAAGUGGGCUUACUUGCACAAUCAAAAUCGUACGACAAGGAAAUGCAAGACACCGUUGAGGAGUACCUAGUGUCGAAGGCACAUCAUACUUUCCUCUGGGCAUCUUUAGUCUGUCAGCAGCUGGGAAAGCCCGAUGUCCUAAAAAGGCAUACAUACAAAACGUUAUACUCAUUUCCACCUGGCCUUGAUUCUCUGUAUGAAAGGAUGCUCGACCAGAUUGAUCGCUCGGACGAUGCUGGUCUUUGCAAGCAAAUAAUUAGACUCAUGUCAGUCGCUUAUCGACCUCUUGCCUUGGUGGAGAUGGUGUCCCUUGUGGAGCCCUUAGAAGAGUUUCAAGACGAUAUUGAUUCUCUUGACGAGAUAAUUAAAUUGUGUGGAUCUCUACUGACCUUACAGGAUGACGUUAUUUACUUCAUCCAUCAAUCAGCAAAGGACUUUUUGAUAAAGACCGUACCUGACAUUAUCUAUCCGAAUGGCAUAGAGUAUGAACACAGAACCAUCUUCUCAAGAUCACUCCGAUCAAUGAAAAGCCUUCAACGCGACAUAUACAAUCUCGACCAGGCGGGAAUCCAGAUCGAUCAGGUUGAGCCACCAGAUCCCGACCCACUAGCACCAGUCUGCUAUUCUUGUAUAUACUGGAUUGAACAUUUUGUGAAUAGCGUUCCCAAAGAUUCCGGUGAGAGCGGCGUUCAGGAUGCUGGGCAAGUCUACGAUUUCCUUGAACAGCGCUUUCCCCACUGGCUUGAAGCACUUAGUUUGCUUAGGAAUAUCUCCGAAGGUAUUAUCCAAAUGUCAAAACUAGCACGGCUUACGCAGGGGUGGGACACUCAACCCAAGCUAGCGAAGCUGGCUCAAGACGGCUUACGAUUUAUUCGAGCUCACAGGACGUCUAUCGAGACCAGUCCCCUUCAGACAUACCAUUCGGCUCUUAUUUUUAGUCCAACGGAUAGCAUAGUCAGAAGACUAUUUCGCUCAGAAGAACCAUCCGUGGCAAUGUACCCUGCAAUGGAUAGUGAGUGGAGUGCAUGCCUACAGACGCUCGAAGGGCGUAGAGAGCCUGUCCUCUGCGUAGCCUUCUCCCCCGACGGUACACAAUUAGCCUCAGGAUCAUUCGAUGGUGUAGUCAUGAUAUGGGAUACGACGAUGGGCCAGUCUCUACGCACUUUAGAAGGCCACGGUAGCUGCGUGAAAUCAGUAGCCUUUUUGGGUAACUGCAACCAAUUGGCAUCCGCGUCACAGGACCGUACCAUCAAACUCUGGGAUACAGUGGCAGGGCGAUGCACCCAAACCCUCUACGCUCAUGGCAGCAACUUCUUAUCAAUCGCCUUUUCGGUAAAGACAGGGCUACUGAUAUCAGCGUCAUUUGACGGUAGAAUUAUGGUCUGGGACGCAACUAUGAAAACGUACCUCUAUGACCUUGAGGGACACAGCCAAUCCGUCCUGUCAGUAAAGUUCUCACCGAACGGUGUUUACUUAGCGUCGGCGUCGGAGGACGAAACCAUCAAGGUAUGGGAUCCCGCGAAACGUCAAUGCCUCAAUACGCUGAGAGGCCACGAUGGGUCCGUCAAUUCGAUAGAAUUCUCAGGUGAUGGUUUGCAAUUAGUUUCAGGAUCAGGUGAUGGAACUAUUAAGGUCUGGAAACUAGAAACUGGCCAGUGUCUUCGAACAUUGCAUAACCACGGUAGUGUUGUUGAGUCAGUAGCCUUUACUCUUAAUAGCAUGCGGAUAGCCUCGACUGGACGGGAUACGGAUGAUAUCAAAGUCUGGGAUACUGCAACAGGCCAGUACCUCUGGAAGCACGAGGGCCAUAUCAAAGGCACCGCCACACUCACCUCAAAUUACGGCGAACAACUUGCUUUAGGAUCAUACAACUGCACCGUCAAACUAUUGGACGCAGAGAUCACCCCUUCAAAAAUGCACCAUUCCCCCGAAUCCCACCAGUCAAAGAGAGCUCAAACCCGGGACAGAUCAGUAUUUCAAGUUGUACGCUUGACCUUCUCAAAAGACGGUACAUUUCUGGCAUCAAUGACACUUGAGUAUAAGAUCAAAAUCUGGAACGUGGCGACGCGUCAGUGUCUCACCACCAAUUAUGAUCUUUCUAAGAAGUUCCUUCUAUCACUGUCCUCGAACAGCCCGUUUCCCGAUAUAGAUGAGAUCUCCCUUAACCUAGAAGGACUAUGCCAACCUGGAAACCCGAUUUCAGUAUCAUCACCGCCACCAGCGUCACAAGGGACAACUCACAUAGAAACUCCUAGAUUUCCAUCAUAUGCAGUCAGGGAUGGUAAGUGGGUUACGAGAAAUACCCAUGAUGUGCUACUACUACCAUGGGAUUACAAGGCAACGGCAUGGGCUGUCCAUCAGUCGACAGUGGCUAUUGGCUGUAAUUCCGGCCAGGUACUGUUCUUCCAGUUCAGGACAGAAUAGACUAUUGGGUGUAUUUUAUUUCUUAAUUAAAAGCUUUUACUUCUGUAAAGUGCCCAAGCCACUCCCUCGUAGAACCGAGCCAGGUACUUUUCGCGGUGAUAGCCGAGCGCCGAGAUGAAGAAGUUAUUCAGAGCGAUCCCUUCGACCGGGGACGGAGAUGGAGCAGGGGCUGAGGACCUGCCAUGACCCCGCGGUCUAACGAUGGUCUCAUUCGGAUGAUGGAAGUGUUUGUUCCCUGCUAGGCGAUGCUAAGCUGAUGUAGCCUGCCUUUGACUAACCUAUCUGUGUCUGUACGGAGUAUUCGGUGGCAGGUUGAACGGAGUUUGCGGACGAAUAGUGGGAUACAGACUAGCAGGCGGUGGAGACAGAGAAGGCGGAGACGGAGGCGGUGGCGGUGGUGGUAGAGGAGGAGAAGGGCUAUCGCCGCCCGGUCCACCAUCACCCCAACGUCGAAUGGAUGGCCUUGCACAAUGUCCAACAGGCGGUGUAUCUGGCCUCAAACCAGGAGGGUCGCUCCUCAACUCCACCGGGCUUUCACCUUCAGGCACACAGAACUGUCCAUCCCACUCUGGCUUCAGCCAAUUGAUAGUAUACGCUGGCCACCUCCAGACCGUUAUACGUUUCAUAGUAUGAUUUUCAUAUGUAUCUGUCUUCACCAGAAUAUCCUUUUUUGGGAGCUUGUUCUUUACGAGGUUAUUCAGAUGCAGAUUUACUUGGGCAAGGACGACAUUCUGGUAUUGUCGCGGCUUUGCUUAAAGGUUAAGUCUAUCGAUCAAUUCGUCUGAGCCAGUUUCAGUCAUGCGCUUGGUCAACAUUUGCCAUCGUGCGGCGUAAGCCCAGAGGACCUUUGUGUCCUCUGGUGACCAUGGCACCUUUCUGCACGCGCCAGUACGAAGAUCUUCAAGACUGAUUAGGCUCAGGCAGCUAAUAAGACUCCAUUCACGCUUCAAUACUGACACCUCGAAAGUACUGGGUAUAUCAGAAUGACAUUCACAUUUCAAAUCUGUGGGUAAGAGGGACUUACACGGUCGUUGUCAUAGGCAGACAUUAUAGUUGAUGGGUAAGGUGUAGUUUAAACUGGAGUUCGUAGUCUAAACCAGGGUUUAUAGUCUCAACUCGGGCAGGUUAAGUUAAGAGUAGGCCAGCAACAUAAUUAGGGUGGAAAUAUAGCCCAGGCGAAGAAUGGCUUAGAAGAAGAUG